AGUCCACUCUCAGUAAUCUCACUAUCGAAGCUUUUGGAUGUUCCUGAAAGGCUGAUACAUCUUCGUCUAAACCAGCUGCACUCCGUACUUAAGGUGCCAGAUAGCGAGGCAGUUCCAGUACGCCUUUUUCACCUGUCAUUCCGUGACUUUCUUCUCAAUCCGGAGACCCGCAGCAAAACACCUUUGGGGGUGAAUGAGACAGAGAUGCACUAUAGGCUGGCCAGGCAAUGUCUGCUGAUGUGUCAAAAUCUUCGGAAGAAUAUAUGUAGACUGCCGAGUGAUGGCACCCUACGUGCUGAAGUUGAUCGUCGGACAGUUGAUGCCUACAUUCCCCCUGAGUUGCAGUACGCCUGUCGAUACUGGGCAUAUCAUCUAGAUAAAUGCAGGUACUCGAGUGAUAUGGUUUAUAAUGCUCUGUUAUUUCUCCAGAGGCAAUUUUUACGGAAACAUUUUCUGCACUGGGUGGAAGCAAUGAGCCUACUUGGUCUCACGUCGGACAUGUUAAGUAUUCUUGAUCGCCUUCAAAUAGCCAUAUCGGUUUACUGUGCCGGACUUAUAUUUGCACCCCAAUCGGCAAUAAUUCGUAGAGAUUUCAGACAAGAGCUCCCUACUUGGAUUUGCCAGUUUCCACGAGUUGAAGAAAAUUGGGGUGCAGAACUACAGGCACUUGAAGGCCACUCGAUUCCUGUUGAGUCAGUGGCCUUCUCGCGUGACGGCCGGCUGCUGGUGUCUGGCUCUGGUGAUAUGACAGUACGGGUCUGGGACCCAGCGACAGGCGCACUCAUCCAGACACUCGAAGGCCAUUCGGAUUCCGUGCAUUCGGUUGCCUUCUCGCCCGACGGCCGGCUACUGGCAUCUGGCUCUGAAGACCAGACAGUGCGGCUUUGGGAUCCGGCGACACGCACGCUCACCCAGACACUCGAAGACCAUUCGGGUUCGAUUCGGUCGGUGUCCUUCUCACCCGAUGGCCGUCUGCUAGCCUCUAGCUCCGAAGAUCAGACAGUGCGGCUCUGGGAAAUAGAGACAGGUUCGCUUACCCAAACGCUCAAAGGUCAUUCAAGUUUGGUUGAGCCGGUUGCCUUCUCGUCCGACGGCCGUCGAUUGGCGUCUGGCUCCUAUGAUCAGACUGUACGGCUCUGGGAUGCGGCAACAGGCGCGCUCAUCCAGAUACUCGAAGGCCACUCUAGUUGGAUUGAUUCGGUUGCUUUCUCGCCCGAUGGCCCGCGACUCUGGGACACAGCGACGGGCGCCCUCACGCAAACUUGGAAUAUUGAAAAUUUCUUCACUACGCUAGAAUUUUCUUACGACGGUAUUCAUCUCUAUACCAAUUUCGGCGCUCUUGAAAUAAAAUCCAAGUUUGACAUUUCAAUGUCACAUCCACCUCGUGCAAAUCUGGGUAUCUCUAUUGAGCAUGGGCAAUGGAUAAAAUUAAACGGCGAGAGGGUUCUCUGGCUACCUGUAGAAUCCCGACCCAGGUGUCUUAAGACAAACGGCAAUACACUUGCCAUGGGGCACACAUCAGGGCGGAUUUCCUUUUUCCGGUUUUGU